UGGGACGUACCCUUUUCGUACAGUCCGCCAAUCCCGAACAAGAAUAGCCAGGUUGGAGAGACGUCAUUGGAGAGUAUCGAGAAAGAAGCCUGUGGUUCUCAAACCGGGUGGCAGAGUGUACCCGGAGGAAGGGACAACGAAGGUAACAAAAAAAUGGCGACAUAUGUGGACCCGGAUCAGACCCCAGAUGCCACUGCAGAAAAAUGCAGCCGUUUUGAGGUGCUGGACUGGCUCAAUAAGAUCCUGGACAUCAAAUUCACCAGGGUAGAGCAGAUAUGUUCAGGUUCCUGCUACUGCCAGCUGAUGGACUGGCUCUUCCCUGGGUGCAUUGACAUGAGCACAGUGAAAUUCCAGGCCCAGGACACACCAGACUUCAUCCACAACUACAAUCUGCUUCAAGCUGGCUUCCGAAAGACUGGUGUCACCAAGAUUGUUCCAGUGGAGGAGCUGAUGAACGGAAGGUUCCAGCCCAACUUCGUAUUCCUGAAGUGGUUCAAGAGGUUUUUCCAGGCUAACCUGGUUGGGCAGGUGUAUAACCCUGUGGAGGCUCGCCAGGGCCAGGAGAUCCAGCCUGCCAGACCCCCCCUCCGCUCCCCCCAGGGACUUGGCCGCAAGUCUGCCAGCCGCAACCCCAGUCAAUCAGAGGGGUUGGAAACUAACACAGAUGAAGAAGCUUUAGGGAAGUAUCUAAGGAAACGUAUAGUUUAUGAAGAUAUAUGGAGGGAGACGCACUCCUGGGUAGGGCCCAGCACUCUGGGAGAGUUCCAUGCCUACUGCAGUCUGUGUGACAUGAAUUUCAACAUCUAUCACUCGGGCCUUGUUGACCUCAAGCGUCACUCGCAGUGCAAGAGGCACCACAAGCUUACCCUGGCUGCCAAUGGAUGCAAUGUAAGAACCGAGGCGAGAAAGAGCAGCCAGGGCAGCAUCAGCAGCUGUCCACCCUGUAGUGAGUUGGUCCUGUGCUUCAUUCAGGUUAACUGCGUCUCUGGUCCGUCCGCGGCUGGGGACCAGGUGUCUAACAGAUACGGUCAGUAUGUCCUGGGACUACAGUACCCAGAAGACAUAGUGUCCACUUGCCAAAAGACUCCUUACUGCAUAUACAUGUACGGAGGAGUGGUGCUAGGGGAGGCUGGCGUAGCUUCUGUAGUUCUAGUAGGCUAUUUUGAUGUGAAGGCAGCCAGACACUGCAUCAGGCUGUUGGAUGUCCUGCAGUCUCCAGCUGAAGACAAUACUGGAGAGGAAACUGCUGCGGCUCUGGUGGAGACCUUGAAGAGGUUUGGGCUUCCUGCAGCUAACCUUGCUGCUCUCUACACAGAUGGUAACGGUGCUGCCUCUGAGCAGAUUUGCUCACAGCUUAGGGAGCUCAACCCCAACGUGGUGGUGCUAGGUAGGCUGUAUGGAGUGGCUGAUGCAUCCUGCCAUGCUGGGAUGGUAGAGCUCUCCACUCAGGCCCAGGAGCUAAUUGUAGAUAUCUACUCCCACUACUCCUUCUGCUCCACCAAGAAUGACAACCUGAAGGAACUGUUUUCUAGCAUAAGCAGUAUCGAUGGCCUUACCCUUCCCCUCACCACCUGCUGCCUUAACUUCUGCAUGUUAGCCAGGAAAGUGUUGGAAAUGUGGACAGAUCUAAUCUCCCACUUCAGCUCCUGUAACAAAGAGGAUGACAUAGAUGAGAAGGCCAAACUGAUCUCCACACAACUGCAGGAUCCCCAAAUCAGGGCUACCUUUAUGUUCCUAAACCAGGCCCUGGAGCCCCUCCGUGCCUUCCAGGAGCGACUGCACCACCAUGAGGGCUCGGCCCGGGCCGACCUGGUGCAGAUCCUACAGGAAGCCAGCAACCUCCUGCGCUCCUAUGCCUCCAGUUUCCUCCGUCCUCAAGCCGUCGUGCGCUUCCUCAAGGAACGUGACGUCUCUCUCCUCAAGAACACAAAGUUCCACCUGCCAGGGCCAGAGCUGAACGUAGGUGGGGCUGCAGUGGAGGACUUUCUGUGUGAGUCGUCAGAGUCAGGAAGUGAAGCACUGCAGUUUUUACAGGAACAGGCUCUGUCUUUCUACACAGCACUUACAGCCAGCGUGGCGGAGGGGCUGCCUCUGAGUGACGGCGUGUUGAGGAGCAUGGCCCAGCUACUGAGCCCCCAGGGUAGGCUGAAAGUCACAAGGAAGGUGGUGGGAGAGCUGGGAGCUAAACUUGGGCUCUGCAGCUCACCUGAGGAGAUCAGCCAGCUGAACAAGGAGUUCCUGGAGUACCAGCUGGCAGAGGAGGGAGAGUGGGAAGAGGGAGAAAAUGGAUCUGAUGCGGGCAUCCAAAAUGGCUUUGCAGCCACCUCGCUGGAGCAACAUUGGUGCACUGUGUUGAAGGCUUCUGGGUCAACCAGCAUCUUCAGGAAACUUGUUUUGACCCUCUUAGCCUUGCCUUGCCCCCCACUUGAAGCUCAGAAGGUCUUCACACAGGCUGUGCAGAAUGGGGACGCUGCCCAGUUCACUGACAAUGUGACAGAAAGUGAGCUGGACUCCGUUCGGGAAGUAGACCUGACCAAUGACAGCGCUCUAUCAGACAACAACAGUAUCUACGAGCCUGGCAUGAAGAAGAGAGGUCGUCCCAAAAAGAUUCCAUCAGAUGGGCCAAAGAAUGAGGACGAUACUGUGUUCGUUGAGGACAACGUCCUUUGGACAAAUUCUAUGGAGCAAUUCUCGGAUGGCACCAUUAGGGGCAUUUAUGGUUGGGAGAGCAGCUUACGCCAGAAGCCACAGGCGCGCACUGUGUUUCAGGCUGGUGCCGGCACCUGGGUCAAGCCACAGGCGCUUGACAACGACAGCAAAAAGGACCAGGAGUCCAAGGCUGCAUCGCCCCCGAAGAAGGAGAAUCAUACAUCCAACGUGUCUACAACGAGUCCCAGGGGAGCAAAGAAGGGCAUUGAUUACCAGGAUGGGAAGGGUUUCCCCACUGGAGAGCUGGUGUGGGGAAAGGUGAAGGGCUUCUCCUGGUGGCCUGGACUGGUGGUGCUCUGGAAGUCCAACAAGGCACCGCCUGUAUCCAAGCGCCGGGUAGAGUGGUUCGGUGACGGCAUGUUUUCCGAGAUCUAUACAGAGAGGCUUCUGCAUUUAGCAGCUUUUGCAAAGUGCUUCUGCAAGAAUUCCUAUUCCAGCUUGCCUACCUACAAAGAUGCCAUCUACCAGGUUCUUGAGUUGGCUGGGGAACGCUGUGAGAAGUCCUUUCUUGCAGCAGGGAAUAAGCAGGAGUUGCUUAAGUUGAUGCUGGACUGGGCCUACAGUGGAUUCCUGCCCACAGGACCAGAUGGGUUCAACCCCCCACCACCUGCAAAUGCCAAAGACUCAAAGGCAGAAUCUUCAGACUCGUCUCUGGCAGACUACCAGCCCCCAGCUAAGAAGAAGUAUUUGAACAAGAACAGACCAUCCUAUGGGAAUCAGAGCUACAGCAGAGAGGCAAUGGUACAAGAGGUUAUGAAAGGCAAACAUGUUAAAGAAUUCUGUUUAUCAUGUGGAACCCCCCACAUCCACACCUUCCACCCACUGUUUGAGGGGAGUCUUUGCCUGAAGUGCAAGGAGAACUUUAUUGAGACUUUGUACAGAUACGACGAAGAUGGCUACCAGUCCUACUGCACGGUUUGUUGCGCUGGCCAAGAGGUCAUUCUGUGUGGCAAUGCCAGCUGCUGCAGGUGUUUCUGUAAGGACUGCCUGAACAUUUUGGUUGGUGAUGGAACCUUUGACAAGCUGAAGGAUGUUGACCCAUGGAGCUGCUUCAUGUGUUUACCAUCCCAGUGCAACGGAUCACUCAAGCUGCGAACUGACUGGAGCGUGCGAGUCCAAGAGUUUUUCGUCAACAACAGUGCUCUAGAGUUUGAACCCCACAGGGUGUAUCCCUCCAUUCCUGCCCAUCAACGCAGACCCAUCAGGGUGUUGUCUCUCUUUGAUGGGAUUGCCACAGGAUACCUUGUGCUCAAAGACCUGGGCUUCAUCGUAGAACGCUACAUCGCCUCUGAGAUCUGUGGGGACUCAAUCGCUGUGGGUAUGAUAAAACACGAGGGCAAGAUAGAGCACAUCAAUGACGUACGCACCAUCACCAGGAAACAUCUGGCUGAAUGGGGUCCCUUUGACCUCCUGAUUGGAGGAAGCCCCUGCAACGACCUGGCCUGCGUCAACCCUGCUCGGAAGGGCUUAUUUGAGGGCACAGGCAGGCUGUUCUUCGAAUAUUACAGGAUGCUGACCAUGAUGAGGCCAAGGGAUGAUGACGACCGUCCAUUCUUCUGGCUCUUUGAAAAUGUGGUGGCCAUGCGCGGUCAUGACCUGGCCGACAUCUGUCGCUUUCUUGAGUGUAAUCCCAUCCUGAUCGAUGCAGUAAAAGUGAGCCCAGCUCACAGAGCUCGCUACUUCUGGGGAAACCUCCCUGGCAUGAACAGACCUCUAGCUACCUCUCUGGAUGACAAGGUGAACCUGCAGGAUUGUCUGGAGCCUGGACGCACGGCCAAGUAUAACAAAGUUCGUACCAUCACCACCAAGUCCAACUCCAUCAGACAGGGGAAGAUGGGAUCACUACCUGUCGACUUUAAUGGCAAGGAGGACUACCUUUGGUGCACAGAGAUGGAGAAGAUCUUCGGCUUUCCAAAGCAUUACACUGAUGUCAACAACAUGGGUCGGAGCCAGCGGCAGAAAGUACUGGGCCGAUCAUGGAGUGUACCAGUUAUCCGGCACCUCUUCGCUCCACUCAAGGACUACUUUGCCUGUGAGUAGGAACCCCACGUUCCUGUGUGCUGCACUGUCGUCAACAACAACAGCAACAUGAAAUGGCUGAUUGUUGGAGAGCGCAGGGUAAAAACAGGAUCAUUAUCCUGCCCUGCUUUUCAGUGAACGGAAAUGUCCUGUGUUUCUCAGACUGACCUCACAGAAUCAUCUUAGUCUUUUUAUCACUGGCUGUAUUGGCUGUUUUAUUAGGUUUUAGAUAAUGAGCAUCUGUUUCAAUGCAGUGUGGUCAUAUGAUCAUAAUAUUACCAGAAUGCACUGACACUUUUUGGUUCUUUCAGUUUGUCUGGAAUAGUUCGCGUUUGUCUAUCAUUUAUUUGGUGUUUGGUUUUGUCAACUUUUGGUCAAUGAUGGUGAGAUCAGACCUCAAACCCUGCCCACUAUCUACCUCAAUACUAAUCUGUGAUCGGUCUGACAUCUGCAGAAACACAGUUUUAUCUCUAUUUAAUUUAAGGAUUUUUGUAUCAUUUAUUUUAUAUAUGAAUGUUAUAAAUAGUCAGAUAAAUCAUGUUCACGUGUAAUUAUGUGAAUAAACCUAAUGUUUUGUCACUUGUUUGGAAAAAUAGAUCUUCCAAGAUAAUUAAAAAUCUAAAAGUCAGAUUCAAACCAAGGCAGAAAAUGUGCCUUGAGUGUUUGUUUGUAUUUUACCUUGGCCAAUAUUCAUCAUGGUUACAGUCUGUGCUAUGUCUGGUGCUAUGUUAAGGUUUUUUAUUAUAUUCUUGUCAAAGAGGUGGUCACAGGACACAUAUUUUCACUAACUAUAUGCAGGUUUCCAUUGACACAGGUUAAUUAGACAAAAGCAAUGUCGCAAAAACAUCAUUGCCACAUGUGUAAUGGAAACGGCAGAUGUAGGAGACAUUUUCUAAAGAUCUAAUACAUUUUUAUACAUUCGACAGGGGUGGAUUUUUCUUUCUUGUCUUACGAAUAAAUUAGGAUUGCCGAAUAAUUUUGAAGGUAGGCCUACGCAGGGCAUUUGAUGUCCACUCCACAUUUAAUUCUAAAUGCCUACUGCUUGCAAAAUCCAUUUAUUCAACUAUAAAAAAUAAUGUUUCUUUGCAUGAUGUCCCCUUUGAAGAAACCCUUUUGGUUCCAGGUAGAACCCUUUUGGGUUCCAUAUAGAACCAUUUCCACAGAGGGUUCUACCUGGAACCAAAAAGGGUUCUAUCUGGAUCCAAAAAGGGUUAUCCAAUGGGGACCUUUAUUUCUAAGAGUGUACAGGCUGUCGCCACAUUCUUUAAGCGCAAUUUGCUAAUUUUACCACAUUUUCAUUCGACAUUCUAGGUUUCUACGAAAAGUGUUAUUUUGAUCUGGAUAUCAUAAGGUGAAUGCACCAAUUUGUAAGUCGCUCUGGAUAAGAGCGUCUGCUAAAUGACUUAAAUGUAAAUGUUAAGGGGAGACGUCAUUACGUCCAGCUGUUUUCAUCGACACAAGACAGUUGAAUGGAAACGCAGCAUUUUUAAAUGUCGACAACAAAAAAAUGACUGUACAAGUUAAUGGAGGCAUAACUAUUGUCUCACUUGUUAGAACAUGCCGCUUAUAGGCUUUAAUUUAGGUGAUAUAGUCAAGCAUGUGAAUGCUAUAUGUACAUGCAUGCUUUUUCUCUUCAAAGAAAAAGUUGCUGAAACCAGUCCUUACCAGUUUGAUUUAAAUAGUAAGAUGUGUGCCUUCUCCCUUUCUUGGAGCAAUGUGGAGAAGAACGGUUGUAAUCGCAAGUGCCUACUAAACAACUGUUAAAACCUAGAUACAAUAUACGUAGAACUAUUUUUCUUCUGUAAUUAUUAUUAAUUCUUAACUAUUUUAAAGGGAGCUGGACAAAGUUCCGAGGAAAGGAGUACAUCAUCAAUGUCUUCACGUAAUUUUUUCAGUAAAACAGACAGGCAACAUGUAAGUUUGCCUUUAAAGUGGGCACUUUUUCUGAAAGCAACUGUUUUAAACUGACCUUGUAUGUUCUUGGAGUGUUGAUGAAGGUCACAUGGAGGGCCUAGUCAUAACAUACCCACUUCAAUUUCAUGCAUGUGACGUGUGUUGUUAUGACAGGUAAUCUGUGUGUUAAGUUGAAGUGAUGGCUUUAACUGCAGUGUUCUGUUCAUCUCGCUCUCAACAAGUUUGUCGAUGAUACCACAACACAACCAGCUUUCAUCAAAAACUUGAAGUGACGCUACAUUCAAAAAUGAGUACUGUUUGUCAUUUGGGGUUAUUGAGAUUUUAAACUCAUCAGUUUUGAACCCUUGUUCCCCUCCACCACCCAUACCUUCCUGUUGUACUGUAUGAAGUGUGUCAGUGUGGUGACUGAUCUCAACUCAGAGGCAGAACAGAUACUGUAUACCAAAUGUGUUUUUCUUGCCAUUUCUAUUUUUAAUAAGCACAACCAGGUGAACACCGUCUGGACAGUGAUAUACAUAGGAUGCUGGCCUUAUGAAUAGUUUUUUUAAAUGAAACAAAAGGAAUGAACAAUUGUUUUGUGUACUGUAUGUUUUCUACAAUACUUUAAUAACAAUACCUUUAAAAUGAUGUUAUUCGGGUCAUCACUAGACUCCUAUUGGUGCUAUAUUGUUUUCUUAUUUUUCAUAUUUUUUUUGCAUGGUAUGUUAAUAUUGAGUCAAGCUGUAUAUAACAUGUUUAGCUGUCCCCCGGCUUGUUUAGUGUAUAGUUGUCAUAGUCUCAUAACCACAUGUAAAGCUUUUGAUCAUGUUAGAGAUGAGAAAUAAACUGCCCUAAUUGUAUUAUUUGUA